UACUGUGUCUGUCUGUCUGUCUGUCUGUUACUCGUCAUCUCACUUCUCGAGUGUUCGUUCGUCUCACAAAGGAUACCAUCUACUGAACGGGCAAUGAAGGCAGUGGAUGUGGUAUUCCUGAGUCCUCCGUGGGGUGGCCCCGCCUACUCUUCCUCCUCCGUCUUUGACCUUCACUCCAUGUCUCCUCUGAAUGGAUAUCCUCCUCUGUCCUCUCUUCUCUUUCUUCCCUCACCACACACACUGACCAAUGUAUGAUAGCUCCAAGAUGUUGUGGUCUGGAAGCCAAGUGGCUUCAAUUAGCAUAUCAGUCGUUGUUUUGAUAGCCAGCCUCUACCUCGGAGCCAUAAGUCUUUCUCCUCAAUAAAUAGUUUUUUUUCAGAACCUCCCCACAACCUGCUAUGUUUGCCUAGUUUCUUUUUGGGAAUGUUUUAUCUCUAAUCCCAUAAACAACUCUCUAUAUCCCUGUGCUGUUUUGACACCAUAAGAUGUUGGGAAUAUGUUGAACUU